AUGACAGAAAGGAUGUCCUCUAUUAAUGAAACUGCUUCACAUCCCUCUCUCUUCUAUCUGCUGGGCAUUCCUGGGCUGGAAGCUUUCCACGUCUGGAUAGCCUUCCCUUUCUUCGUUGUUUAUCUGAUAGCGCUUGUGGGAAAUUUCACAAUCCUUUGUGUGAUCAAGAAUGAGCAGAGUCUCCACCAGCCCAUGUUCUACUUUCUUGCCCUCCUCUCUUUCGUUGAUCUUGGCCUCUCUACUUCCACCAUUCCCAAGAUGCUGGGUAUCUUCUGGUUCAACCUUAGGGAGAUAAGCUUUGAAGGCUGCCUCAUCCAAAUGUUCUUUAUCCACACUUACACAGGCAUGGAAUCUGUCGUACUCCUGGCCAUGGCAAUUGACCGUUUUGUUGCCAUCUGUUACCCACUUAGGUAUACCUCUAUCCUCACCAACAAGGUGGUAGCUGUCAUGGCAUCUAUUGUAAUAGGGAGACCUGUCCUUCUUGUCAUCCCUUUUUGUCCCCUCCUAAAACGCCUGCCCUUUUGUGGACACUACAUUAUUCCUCACACCUACUGUGAGCAUAUGGGGAUAGCUCGUCUAGCCUGUGCCAACAUAAGGAUAAACAUCAUCUAUGGCUUAUUCACCAUUGCUGCUCUGAUCUUUGAUUUAAUCCUCAUUGCUCUCUCCUAUGCUUGGAUCCUACAGGCUGUUUUCCGCCUUCCUUCAAGGGAUGCCAGACACAAAGCCCUUAGCACAUGUGGUUCCCACGUCUGUGUCAUCUUAGCCUUUUAUACACCAGCAUUUUUCUCUUUUAUGACUCAUAGGUUUGGUAGAAAUGUUCCUCGUUACAUUCACAUCCUCUUGGCCAAUCUCUAUGUGGUUGUCCCUCCUUGUUUAAAUCCAGUCAUUUAUGGAGUGAGGACAAAACAAAUUAGGGAGGGAGUCAUAAAAAUACUUGUAAAGAAAGAGUAG